CAGCUCACUCUGUUCAUUUUUUUAUAAGUGUCUGCCAUAUCUGAGUCUGCAUAGCCUUAGUGUUUGUUCAUCAUUCUUUCAUGUGCCGUAACAUUUCUACUCACAGUUGUUUCAAAGGGAUGAAAUGCUGUUUUAGUGCUUCCUUAAGCUAAAGAGGUGGUCAUGUUUUGCACAGAUUUCCAAAGGAUUUUUCUGAAUAUUGAACACUAAAGACCUAUUUAGGGCCUGAAACUUUGCCAAGUAUCUGAUUGUGUUAGGUGAGGUAGAAAGGAAACGCCUUACUGGAUAGUCAGCUUGAGAAGUGUCUUGCAUAUGUUUAAGUACAAGAGGUCUUCUAAAAACAUUUACAGGCAGCUUUCCUUAUGUUUGAGUUAUAGCUUCCCGAAAACAUUUGUUCCUAUGCAUAAAGAUGUCUUUGGUGGAUUUGGGGAAGAGGUUGCUAGAAGCAGCAAGAAAAGGCCAAGAUGAUGAAGUGAGAACAUUGAUGGCAAAUGGCGCCCCAUUCACCACAGACUGGGUAAGUGUCUCCUGUGGAUAUAUAGGUGGUAAUUAUAAGCUUGGAACAUCACCCCUCCACCUUGCAGCCCAGUAUGGUCAUUAUUCCACAGCAGAAGUGCUCCUUCGAGCAGGCGUUAGCAGGGAUGCCCGGACCAAAGUGGACAGGACCCCUUUGCACAUGGCUGCAGCUGAUGGACAUGCACACAUCGUGGAACUGCUUGUUAGGAAUGGUGCAGAUGUGAAUGCCAAGGACAUGCUGAAGAUGACAGCUUUACAUUGGGCUACAGAACACCACCAUCGAGAUGUUGUAGAGCUUCUUAUCAAAUAUGGAGCUGAUGUCCAUGCUUUCAGCAAGUUUGAUAAAUCUGCCUUUGACAUAGCCCUGGAGAAAAAGAAUGCUGAAAUUCUGGUCAUCCUUCAGGAAGCGAUGCAGAAUCAGGUGAAUGCUAAUCCCGAGAGCGCCAACCCCGUGACUGUGGCUGCCCCAUUCAUCUUCACAUCUGGAGAAGUUGUCAACCUCGCUAGCCUUGUUUCUUCAACCAACACCAAAAGAACCUCAGGUGACCCCCAUGCCUCCUCAGCACCACACUUGUCACAUUCUACCACCUCAGUGCUGGCCACCCUUGCAGCUCUUGGAGAGGCAUCAGCCCCCUUGUCCAACUCUCACAGAGCCGCAGCUAAUUCAGAGGAAGUCAUAGAGGGAAAUUCUGUUGAUUCAUCAAUCCAGCAAGUGGUGGGGAGCGGAGGCCAAAGGGUCAUCACUAUAGUGACUGAUGGAGUCCCUCUGGGUAAUAUACAAACUGCGAUCCCUACUGGAAGCAUUGGCCAGCCAUUUAUUGUAACUAUGCAAAAUGGACAGCAAGUUCUAACUGUACCUGCUGGUCAGGUUGCAGAGGAAACUGUAAUUGAAGAAGAGGAAGAAGCAGAGAAGUUGCCUCUGACUAAGAAACCAAGAAUAGAAGAGAGGACAAACAGUGUGGAGGAGAGCAAGGAGGGCACUGAAAGAGAGCUACUCCAACAGCAGCUCCAGGAGGCCAAUCGAAGAGCCCAGGAAUACCGACACCAGCUCCUAAAGAAAGAACAGGAAGCAGAGCAGUACCGCCUCAGGCUAGAGGCUAUGGCCAGACAACAGCCCAAUGGAGUUGAUUUCACGGUUGAAGAGGUGGCCGAAGUAGAUGCUGUAGUAGUGACAGAGGGGGAGAUGGAAGAGAGAGACAUGGAAGUGACUGGGGCAGGAGGGACCGUAGAGCCUCAUUCUGGAGUUUCCUUGGAAACCGUUUCAUCUUAAUGUGCGAGGGCCACAACUUGUACUGUGUCCAUCUUUUUCCUCUUUUUAAAAGAAAAUACAGAGGACAGACAUUGUAUAAAAAUUAAGAAUGUCCUUAAGAAGAAAACUAUAGCAGGGUAACAGUGCUUGGGCUCAGGAAGGCUUGCUAUGCAACUGGAAAAUUCAAAGCCAAAUUUAGGGAAUACUUCUUUUGAAGGACCAAAAGAAUAAGGACCAAUUUUCUCAGCUCACAUCAUCACUUUAAGCUUAGAGGGUUAAUUGUUGUGGGUUGAUUGUUUUUUAAAUAACUGACUUUGUAUCAGAAGAUUUUAAGAUAACAUUCCUAGUAUAGACAUGCACAGAGCUUUUUAUAAUUGCACCAUCAAGUGACCUUAAAUUUUGCCUUAUAUUUAUGACGUGUACCUGGUAGAGAAGAAAACUAACUAGGAGGUGGGUGAGAAGCAAACUUUUGGGAAGAGAAAAUACAUGUUCUGCUUCCAAAGGAGCAGGCAUUCCCCCCAUCCUGAUUUAAUUUCACCAAAAAGAAAUUGGUAAUUGCCUAACUCUGCAUCCAUUAUGUGUCCAUAAUUCAGAUGCCAGUUUAAGAAACUGAAGUGGAAUAUUUAAAAACUGGAAAGGAAAGAAAACUUGUUUAUGUGGGAGAAGUAUAUGUAAAUCCAAAAUCCUCCAGGCUGUGCUUCACAAUGCUGGAAAGUGGCCAGGAAGAGGCUUGUGGGGUUAUGAAACAAUCUGGUCCCGAGAUACAAACUUUGCUCUGGCUGGAUUUUAUAAAAUUGAAAUCAGGAAGAUAGUCUGUUGCUAGAACAACUUGCUUCCACACGUUUAUUUAUAUAAUAUCAACUUUUUAAUUUUAUAAAAUUUUAUUGAGGUUUCUAAGUGUGCCUUUGUGUGGCGCUUACAUGGUAUCCUUCUCAUUGCAAAAAAAGAAGUCCGGGGAGAGGCAGUUGCUGAGGGUGUUGGUGGAGUUCUGUUUCCAUUUGACCUGGGAUGAGCAGAUUGUUCUGUUCCUUAAGGUCGGCUUUUUUGCAGAGCUUUUGUGCCUUGUAGGUGCUCGGUGUGUGUUGGCAAAAGAGUGAAAAACUAGAAGUGCCAUAAAGUAAGGAACCAAAAAUUCUGGCUCAAUAACUUCAUCUCUCUGACUCCGUUCUCUACCACUGGGCCUGCUCCCUUUUCUUAGAUGCUUUUGUGAAGUGUUUCAUUGCUGGGUUUUCUUUAUGCACCAGUUUGGAGUUUUUUCAGGAGGGGUUAUGGAUGGAGAGAGAGCGGUUGUGAAGUUACAUUACAGAAGUUACUGCCUUUGACAUUGGGCCCCCAUCAUUCUAGACCUGCUCUCUUGCUUUAUUGUAAAUGAGAAGAAGAAACCAGAGGAUGUGCCAAGUAAACAUUUGAAUGACUGUUUAGAAUACGGUUUUCUUAAUUAGCAAUCAUGGGGAAAACAUAUAUUUUUAAUUUGGAGUAAAACUUGACAGUUCAUGUGGUUCUAUUUAUCUUGAUUAGUGAAGUAAUUUGCUGCAGUUUUCCAGAGGUGCAGAAUCACUUGGGGCUCAAAAUAGACCUAAAACAUAACUCCCCAAACCAAAUUUGAGAAACAGAAUUGGUUACUAGAGGCUUAUAGGCAAAAAUACCAGUUUGAAAUUAAUCCUGGCCAUUGGCCACCACUAGGAGAAAACCACCACUAGGUUUUCUCCAUGGGCUUCAGAGAUUACUCUUGGUUUGGGGGGAAGAUGAGAAUCCCAGGUAAGGGCUAGGGUGAAAUUGUGCCAUUUUCUGUCAAGUUGUCCUUUUUCGGCUUGCAAUGUUUUUCUUUUUUCUGACUCCCUUUGUGAACCAGAUGCUAACAAUAAGCUGCUAUUGUGUGCCAUUUCGGAGCCUUAGCCUAACCACAGAGACAGAUGGACCAAGUGUCAUUUUAGAUGUGUUUGGUUUAUUUUCUUUGUUUAUAUAUUGACUUUAAUUCCUUUUCCCCCCCUCUUUCCUGUUAAGGGAGUGGAGGUUAACUCUGCAGAGGAUAGCCAGGCCCAGCUACCUGUCUCUCUGGGAUAGCUUCUGACCAGGGCCAUGAGUUGCCAUCCAACACUCCCUGCUGAGCAUACAGAGUUCCUACUGUUUGGGGGAACUUCAGAAAUACUUAUCAUUCUCUUUCUGUAGGAGGCUGUCACCCUCACCUAGAAAAAUCUCUAAUACAGCCCAAGUCAUUUUUGAUGAUGGGGUCUCUGAGAUAGGGAGUUGGGAUAGGGAUAGGGAAAGAGAAAAGAGAAAUGUCUGGAAAGGGAAGAGUAGCAAAAAGGUAUUUGUUGUUAUUUACUUGAAAUACACCUUUUAUCAUCCCAGAGAAGGGAAAUAGGAUUUGAUCUCCAGUUGUAUUGCCAUGGAGAAAAUGGCAGGUCCGGAUCCCUUGAAGUAGGUAGAAAUUAAAGAUGAAAUGCAUUAAUGGCAAUAACAUUUUAUGAUUUGCAUCUUUCAGGAUCAGCAAUGGAAGUUGGGAAAAUGUUGCUAGAUCCCAACUGUUGUGUUGGCAAGAUUGGAUUACAGAGAAUCAAUUAACAGACAGGUGGUUCAGACUUGGUACUUAAGCAGAAGAAACUUGGAACCUAGGAUAUUGCCUACUUUAAAAUAAAGCUGCUUUAACAAUAUCAGUAUUAAUUUAUGAAUUUUAGAUUCUACAUUUGCAUUUUGGUUUUAAGCCUUCCCUGAAAAAAGAAAAAGAAAGAAGUCUUAAUAUUUCUUUUCUUAUUCCUAGCUUCAGGGAAAUUACUUAUAAAUAUAUAAAUGUACAAUUCCCUUCCUAUCACUACCUCUGUGGGAUCUCUUAAUUGUAAUGCCAGAGUUGAGGUUUCUUAAUGGAGAUAUGGGAUAACUUGACUUUAGGUUUUCUAUGUUUUGAACUCAGUGCCUUAAAAGAUGUUCUUUUUUUCCUGUCAGAUCCAUGUGUAGUUAUUUUUGGCCUUGCCUUUCCCCCUUCUUCAGCCUUACCAUGGCAUUAUUAAAAUUUUUGUAUCUGCUCAGUAAUGUUAGAAAUCUAUGGCAUACCAAAUUACUUUCUUUCUUUAUAUUGAUAUAAAAGAAAUGAGUUUACCAGAGGGCUCUACAGUCAAAGUUAGGUAUUGUGUGACCAGGGCAUUUUUAGUACCCAUUUGCUGGGUGCAUAUUGGUGUGUACAUUUAUAAAUACAUAUGGAUCUUCCCACUUUUUGUUUAUUUGAGGUUCAGCUUUAAAAUACUUGGCAUAACCUGGAAAUAUUUUUAUUCCAUUAAACAUAUUGAAGAGGGUUCCUGUGGCUUCACUAAGGGGGCUGAGGAAGAAAAAGCUCUACUCUGGCCCUUCUCUGAGAGGUAUGCUUGAACCUGGUGUAAUGAGAAACCUGAGGAGUAAACCUCGGGGAGAACCAGUGUCUGGCUUUACAGAGACUUGUUUAGCAUAUGGUGUGAUGACACCAUAUAAGCUAAACAGUUCAGAGCAGUGUCAGGGGUGAAGACAGAGCUGCCCUUCCACAGAGCAAGCCUCCUUUCCACUCCUAUGGCAGCUGUUUUCACUGGCACUUGUAAGAUCUCUUACACCUCUGAACAGGAAAGAAACCUUAGAUAAAGGGGUCAUGGCACAAGGAGCGGGCAUUCUGUACAUCUGCUUUCCGAGUUUAGAAAUCUUAUCCUUUUGAGAAAUCAUUUUGAAAAAGCUUGUAUGGCUCUCUCCUAACAAACAUCAUAUGGACUUCCAGAGCUAGAAGAUUUCAGGCAUAUAGUGAACUCUUCCCAGAAGUUAAAUAUUGAGUAGAAGUCAGUUUUUAUCCAAAUUUAUUGGAGAAUGGCCUCUUUGUGCAGACAUCUCUGUAUGGCCAGGAAAGGAGCUUUUAGAAUGAACUAUAUGUCAGCACCGCCUAUAUCCUGUUCCCGGCUCUUAUCUAUCUCCAUUUUAUGUGAUGAAUAUUUUCCGAGUUAGUACUCCAUUUCCUAUCCCAAUAUAUUUAAUAUGAGAACAGGAGUAAGAAGGAUAUGAAUUUGAAUUAAGUAGCUUUGAGCCUCUGGUGCUGCCUUUUUUUUUUUUUU